GGCUUUCAAGAAGAGACUGGACUGCCAUCUGUCAGAAAUGGUGUAGACUCCUACUUGGGCAGGGGGUUGGACUAGAUGACCUAUAAGGUCCCUUCCAACUCUGCUAUUCUAUUCUACUCUAUUCUUGAAAGCAAUUCUUGAUGUUAUCCUUGAAAAGGGUGGGCAGAUGCUCAGGAUAUUGUAGAAACUGUUUGAUUUUCUUUCAGUUUAGCAUGACUUGGAACUUGUACAUGAGCAGUUGAUCAGCUCCUGGCCACAUUUUUCUAUUAUAACAACUUUUCCAAUGAUUGCCAAUAAUGUAGUCCGUUUAAUUUUUGUGUGCUGGACUGCCAUCUGUCAGAAAUGGUAUAGGGACUCCUACUUGGGAAGGGGGUUGGACUAGACGACCUACAAGAUCCCUUCCAACUAUUCUAUUUCUUAUGCUAUUCUAUUCUAGAAAGCAAUUCUUGAUGUUAUCCUUGAAAAUGGUGGGUAGAUGCUCAGGAUCAUAUUGUAGAAACUGGUUUGGAACUUGUACAUGAGCAGUUGAUCAGUCCCUGGCCACAUUUUUCUAUUAUAACAACUUUUCCAAUGAUUGCUAAUAAUGUAGUCCAUUUAAUUUUUGUGUACUAUAUCUAGAGAUGUCCAUAUAUGUAGCAGUUGUUUAGGUUGUUUGAAGAAUGUGUUAGCAAUAAAUUAUUGGAUUGUUAAAAACUAAAUUGUUCUGCCACAGGCCGCUAUUGGGCUACAGGCUCUUGGUCAGCGGGCCGCAGAAAUGGCUGAGCGGGGCGCACAUGCAUGGGUGCACAUUCCCAACUCACGCUAGCACCCACAGCUGUGUGAAUAUGCAUGUGGGUUCGAACAGGAAUGCUAGCGCAGCGGGUGUGCACGCCCCAUCUGCGCAUGCAUGAACGGGCACUAGCCACCGCAGGGGUGUGGCCGUUCGCACAUGCGCAUGGCACCAGUGUAUGCACGACCACUAGUAAUGGGCCAGUGGGCUUGUCCCCAUUUGUGUGCAUGCAUGCGCACACAGUAAUUUGGAAACUGCUCUCUCCUCCAGGCUGCAAGCCCCAAAAGGUUGGAGAACUCUGUCCUAGGCCAUAUAGUCUAACAUUGUUUUCCUCCUUUUCCAAUUCUGACGUUCCAUUCUCCAACCACACGCAGCAUAUCUUGUUUGCACAUUCUGUUCAUUUCAGAUUGAACUUGAUCAUAAAAUUCAUUAACCUCUAUACUGCAUCAGUUAUUAAAGCAAGGCUGUCCCUUAAGUGUAAGAUAUAUUUUGUCACUGAUUAGACUCUACCUCAGUAUUGUCUUCGCAAUAAUCCCUGUGAAAUGCCAUUUUUUUAUUUCCUUAGUAAAAAAAAAUGAAACUAUUCAACUCGUUAUUUCAAUUCAUUAAUACCUGAGAUGCAUUGUGUAACUGAUUCAUUGUAUUUCAUUGUGUUGAGAUUUUCCAGACCCAUGUUUCUUAUGUUCUAUGUUCCCACUGUAAUUUUGUUUUCACAGUUUCAGUUUUUAUUUUCCUACAUUGCAACUUCACGGCAACUAGAUGCCCAGAACUAGACAUGGCUUCAAUCUAGCCAUGUCCUAAAAUUAUUGGUACUCAAAAACCCUCAACUGUUCUCAGUAUCAUAUUUGCUGCCAUUUAGUUAAGUGCCAUUUGUUCCAUGGGGCCCCCCUCAUCUGGGAUUAUAACAUCAAUCACUUCAUUCAGGUGGCUUUUAUGGUUAAAUACAGGAAUGACCUACUAUUGCCUUUUCCCAUUACAGUAUGAAAUGAUACAUUUGCAGUUGUUGCUAAAACAAUCAUCCAUUUCCUCUUUGUGACUGCUCCCGUAUAUAAAUCCCUGCCUGCUUUAAAAGGGCACCUAGGAUGACCUUCACAUCCCAGAUGUUGUAGCUAUAUCAUACUGUUGUAAAUUCCUGGCAUUCAUAGCCCAUUCUCCCAGAAACAGCUACACACCCAUCAUGAUGAGGCAACAUAGCUUGACUUGGAGGACACAUAUAUAAAUAAAGAACCUUAAUACAAUAUUUCUUUGCCUUAUUUCAAAUGAAUUUUCAGUUUGGUAUGAAUAGCUACAGAUUCUUAAACUAAAUCUAGUUCAUCAAUUACGCUAAAAAUGGUAUUGAAAAUCUGUGUUUAAGGUCAACAACUUAUGGCAUUGCAAAUUCAAAUUCAUUUUAUGUAUUUCUGAUUAUGUGUGUAUAGAAUGUUAUAAUCAAGCUAAUUCAAUAUUCAAAAAAAUUCAUUUUAUGUAUUUCUGAUUAUGUGUGUAUAGAAUGUUAUAAUCAAGCUAAUUCAAUAUUCAAAAAUAUAUCAUUUUUCUUUCAUGAUAAAAGAAGAUUUGCUAGUUUUUUCUUAUUUUGUUCUCAUUUUUUUAUUUAGUGGUUAUAUUUCAAAACUAGCUUUAAGAAAAUAUAAUUAAUGAAGUCUUUAGGGCCAAACCUAAAAUAGCUUUAAGUCAGUAGCACAGCUACUGUCCUGAAUAAUUACUGUCAUGUUCCCAUUAUAUAAAUAUUGAUAUAAAUGAUAUAUUCAUGUUGAUUGAAAUAGCAGUCACUUUGGCUUCAGCAUAUAAAAAAUUUAAAAAGAUUUCUGGCAUUAUUUCAUUGGUUCCUAUGAAUUUGAUAUUUUAUAGAUUGUCUUCCAUCUAAAGUCUAACCAAUCCUAAUGCUACAAAAUUUAAUGCAAGUUGUGCUUAUUAAUCAUAGAGUGAGGUGUAUAGGAUGACCUUUCAAGAAUAGAUAUAAAAUUAUUGCAAUUUUUUAAAUAAAUAUAAAUAAGGAAGAUUCCAACUUAUGGGUGCUGUUUCUCUGAUGAUUGACAAAAAACAUUUAUGGUACUGCUUUCAGUUACGCAUGGGAAGUAAAAGAGCAGAAAAAAAGAAAUGGCAGAAUUGUGGUUAAAAGGCGCAUUUUCAGAAGAGAUAUUAAAAUUUAAUUUUGUUGCAUGUUGACAGAAUAAUAUUCUUUACUAUGUUUUUUAUGGUCAAAUGUGUAUUAUGGCAACCUAUACUUUUCUAUGCAUUCUCUACACAACAAAAUUAAGAGUAUCCUCUACAUGUGGGGUGAAAGAGAAAAAAACCCACAUAUUGUGGAGGAUUAGAAAAAGGGGAUGACAUAAGGAUAUAAUAAAAUAAACUAAUUUUAAAAAAUCUAUAAACUGAUGGAUCAAAUUGUUCAGAAUAAUAUGUCUGCAUUUCUCAUUUUCCAAAAUAACACUACUAAAUCUGUUAAAGAAGAAAAUAAUGCCUUGAAUUAUAUUCAACUAUAUCUAUUGGACGGAUCUUCCCCCUUUUCUCAUAAAAUCUUUUUUGGAAAAUUAAGGAAUCUUAUGGAGGAAAAUUAAGGAAAAUCAUGGAUCGAAUGUAAGCGAAAAUCCUACUGGAAAAAAAGUUUACAUAACACUGAAUGAAUCAUGCUGAUAUUUAGGCUCUAUUGUUUUUUUCUUGAAAUUAUGGCAAUGCAUUCUCCUAAGAUCACUUUAGCAAACUAUAAAAUCUAAUGUUACAUUUAAAAGAAAUUAUUCAAACCAAGAUAACCAUUUGGUUUUUAUUAUUGGAGAUUUGGUUUUCUCACUGUGACAUGGGCAAACAUGUUUAUUAUUGAAAUAUCUACAGGGUACAUGAGAGAGACAAUUUGGUAUAGGAAUUAAGGUAUCAAGCUAGAAAUUGGGAGAGUUCCAAUAUCCUGUUAUGCUUUAAACACAAAGCCAGCUGGGUGACUUUGGGCCAGUUGUUAUCUCAACCCUAGAAAGAUGGCAGUGGCUAGCCAAGAAAACUACAGGGCCUUGUCCAAGUAUCAUCAGGAAUUAAAAGUUAUAGAAGGCACACAUUUAUUAUCUUUAGAGCCCAAAAAACAGGUCACUAGCUGGCAACAACUUUUUGCUAGCCCAGAUCUGUAGUCCUAGUUUGUGAACAAAGUCAAUUAAACAAGUCAGCUCCUUUUCAGGGCAGUUUAUAAAUAAUUAUAAAACACAAAUACAAUUACAUUGAAAACAAAUGAGGACAAUGAAAUGAUUCCCCAUCUUUCUGAAUCUCUUAUUUCAAAUUAAUAUCUUAACAAUUCAGCUUCAUCUUUGCUGCUAUAGUAUGUAGAAUUACAUCUACAUUGGUAGCUGCCUAAAAACUUACUAAUCAUUUGCACAGGUCUGGAAGAAUUCUGGUGAAUUGAUUACUUUUUCACUUUUUUUUUUUUUUGUAUCCCACUAUAAAGACCAAAUAAAAAGUAUUAAUAUUUUCUUUGGAAAUUAAUAUUAAUAACAUGGGGAUGAGGAUAUUAACUCUAAAAGUCACUAUACUGUAAUCCUUUAUGCUCUGUUCAUUCAGUCCUGAAGUUUUAAAUAGCCAAAACUGUUUUAUGUAAUUUAAGGAGCCUCUCAGUUAAUACUACAAAUAAGAUUAGCCAACUAUCCUUCAACACAGUUAAUUCUAUGACCAUUCCAUAAUGUCUACUCUGUUACAGCUAAAAAUUUGCUAUGAAAUUCAAAGCAGAGGUUCCUACCUAUCUGCUAUAUGUGUUCAUGAAUACUGAAACAACAAUCUUAUAGAACUAUUGCCCAUAUAUCUAUUUGUAUACAAAUAGUGCUGUAUACAUCACCUAAAUACAUUGUGUAUACAACACAUUCUAAAUACAAAACUUUAUGGUCCAAAAAGGAAAAUAUUUUUACUAUAGAUUCAUCCUAAAUAGGCUCUUAAUUUAACAGUAAAGAUAACUUCAUAAAUCGUCGUUUAACAGUUGUUGUAACCUAGGGCCAUCACUGAGUAUCCACCAAUCAUUUUUAACUAAGGUUAAAUUUAAUAAUAUGGUACUUGAUAACUUACCAACAUAUAGUACUUUGAUUUAAAUCUUAAUCUAAAGCCCAUUUUUCUAAUUCAAGCAGAGAGAGGUACAGUUCACGAUCAAACCACUGAAGAGUGUUCCGAGCAGCCUUUCGAACUUGCAAUGUCGGCAUCCACUCAAAAGCUUCCAACAGAAACCGGUUGUUCGUGACACUAUUACUCAGGACAAGCAAAAGGAUUACAUGGAAGUCGGCCUACAAUGACAUGUCAAUAGUGCACUGAACGCCAUUCGUGGAUUUCACUCAUCCACCCCCCCCCCGAAAAGAAAAAAAGGAGGGCAGUCUGCAACAAGUACAAAGGAAGAAAAGAACCCGAAUGCGGUUCAACACCUGUUCCCGGACGACUGUUUUAUUAGAAUGCAGCAGAGCUCCUCAAACCAGCCACGCAUGCGUGCUCAGUGUUUAUUAAAAAUUCACUGCGCCACCGUCCCCGAAAAGCCCUUCCCUUGGGAAGGGAGUAUCCUGAACGACUGACUCCUAAACGUAGGUGCUCCGGUACCUGUUCGAGUCACCUGGGCAAGCCAAGUCCGUAGGUUCUUCUCUCCCCUCUACGCGUCUUUACAAAACCACCCCAGCCCCCGCCGCCGGUAUUUCGAGAAAGUUCUAGCCGCACCACCCAAGAAGAGAAGAUGAUCUCGACGCUUGCGCACUGACACUCACUUUCUCCGCCCUCUAAUCGUAACCGUGCCCGUUAUUCUUUUUUUCUCCUGGUCGGUGGUUAUGUUAAGAACCGAGUUAAAUUACUGCCGCGGAACACCUAGAAAUGCUAAGAACGGGCAAUUAUGACGUUGGCCUUUACUCCGAACUCUCCUCACCUCCCUUCGUCUCGCUAAUGCUCACGAUCGUACCGCGUGUCUACCCGUUCCUCUCGCCCGACUCCCGUCACGUGAAUGGCGUUUCCACCAAUCCGAGAGAUACAUAAUGAGCAUAUUGAUGCAAGAUAAAUUUAGUGAACAACUAUAAAAUGCCCAGGUUUGGGUCAACAAAGACAGUUCAAGUUCAGAAUUCUAUCAGCGAUAGCACCAUGGUGGAGAAACCAACUGGAAGAAAGAGCAAGGACAAGAUUGCCUCCUACAGCAAAACUGCAAAAGUGGAUAGGAGUGAUGUGGGAAAGGACAUGAAAGAAAAAUCUUCCAUGAAACGUAAACUUCAGUUUAAUGUUAGUCCAUCCAGAAAUGAAGAUCGAAAUUCAGAUACAGAGAAAGAAGUCCCAGAAAAGAAGAAAAUGAAAAAGGAAGCUGGAAAUAAAAAAACAGCACCUGUUAGCAUUCUUUUUGGUUACCCCUUAUCAGAACGUAAACAGAUGGCCCUUCUUAUGCAGAUGACUGCAAGAGACAACAGCCCAGAUCCUAAUUUAAAUCACCCUUUACAAACAGUGACAACACAAAAGAAAACUCCAAGCUCCUCAUCACGCCAAAAAGAUAAAGUUAACAAAAGAAAUGAACGAGGGGAAACCCCCUUACAUACAGCUGCCAUUAGAGGUGAUGUUAAACAAGUUAAAGAAUUAAUUAGCCUUGGUGCAAAUGUGAACGUGAAAGAUUUUGCAGGUUGGACACCACUCCAUGAAGCUUGUAAUGCUGGUUAUUAUGAUGUUGCUAAGGUUUUGAUAGCAGCAGGGGCAGAUGUAAAUACUCAAGGCUUAGAUGAUGAUACACCACUCCAUGAUUCUGCAAGCAGUGGACAUAGAAAGAUCGUAAAGUUGCUCCUCCGACAUGGUGGUAAUCCAUUCCAAGCCAAUAAACAUGGAGAAAGACCUGUAGAUGUAGCAGAAACAGAAGAACUGGAACUAUUACUGAAAAGAGAAGUUCCUAUUUCUGAUGAUGAAGAUAGCUGUUCAGAUCUUGAUGAAGCACCAUCUGUAAAUCCUUCCAGCAUUGAAUGCAAUAUAGAUUCUGAGACAGAGAAAGAAUCUCUACCUAAUGACAACAAGCAUGUUUCUAAUAAGACACCUCUUUCAUCUGCUCUUGAUGAAUAUGAAUUUAAAGAUGAUGAUGAAGAAGAAGUUAAGAAAAUGAUAGAUGAUAGACAUAUUCCUCGGAAAGAUCUGAGAAAAGAAGAUAUGUCUGAAACAGAACAAAGUAACUUAUUUCUUACACAGGAAAAACUAUCAUUUCCAAAAUCAUUUAAAAAUAAAAAACAGAAACCUUCCAGAGUCCUGUAUUCAAGUUCUGAAAGUUCAGAUGAAGACAUUCUUCAAGACAAAAAAAUAAUAUCUCCUUCAUGUACUGUUACAGAAAUUUCAAAUUCUGAUGCAAAGAUUAAAAAAGAAUAUGGUUAUAAUGAAUAUAAACAAAAAGGAAAAGUUAAAAGAAAACUAAAAAAUCAAAGCAAAAACAAAGAAAAUCAGCAAUUAAAACAGGAAAAAGAUCAUUCCAGAUUGACAAACCUGGGUGUUUCUCUGUUAGAAUCGUUAGACAAAAGCAAAGAAGAUGAUAAUUUCCGAAAAACAUUUAGCCCAAAAGAGGAUUCUUCUUUGUCCUUACUCCAUAUUACUCCUAGUAGAUCCCCUAAACAUCCAUGUGGCAUUAAUGAAAAACAGUCUUCAACACUUAAACAAGAAAAUGUUAAAAUGUGUUUAUCUCCAGAAGGGUCAGAAGUAACUUCACAAUCUGAAUUAAUUCGAUAUGACCAUAAUGCAGAUACUGAUUUUAUUUUAGAAAGUUCUAGUAACAAGUCUUACAAGAACAGAGACAAAAGUAAGCAUCAGAAAGAAUUUAUUUUAGAAUUUAGUGAGAAAUCCAGUCCUAAACUUAAAGAUGAAGAUAAUAGUCCAAUCUUUGAAAAUUCUGACACUAUGAUGAAGAAGACUGACGACGGGAAAAUGCUUAAAAAGCAUAAAUUGAAGCAUAAAGAAAAGGAAAGGGAUAAGCUUAAAAAGGAACAGGAUGGAGAGAAAGAAAGAUAUAAGCAUAAGGAAAAUUCCAAGGAUGUCCAGAGGAAUAUUGAGUUUGAUAGAGAAUUUUGGAAAGAAAACUUUUUCAAAAGUGAUGAGACAGAAGAUAUGUCAACUGUAGAGCAUGACCCUCAAAUGUCAGAGAAGAAAUCUAAAUUGGAAAAGAUCUUAGUUAAAGAAGACAAAUAUGUGAAAGAGAGAAGCUUUCAAAAAGAUAAAAUUUUUAGAGAAGAAAAAGAAAGAGAAAAAACUAAAAAAGAAAAUGACAAGGAAGAGAAAACAAAAGAGCAUAGCAUGUUUCUUGAUAAAGAAACAGAUUUAUUCUGUUUAGGUGUUAGGGAUAUGGCAACAAAUAUAACUGUAAUAGAGAAGGAAGACAUUGAUAAACAAGAAAAAAAGGAUCAUAGAGAAAAAAAUGAAAAGCGGAACUCUUCUAUUGAAAAAAUAGAAAGAAAAAAUACAGAUAAAGAGAAAAAAGUAAAAUGUGAACACAAAUUAGAAAAGGAUAAAUUAGAUUCUCUUGAAAAUAAUGAAAAAACAAAAGAAAAGGAAAAGGUAUACUUUCAACAGGUAGAAAAAACAAAUAAAGAGCAUGAUAAGUUAAAAAGCUUCAGUACUAUUAAAAAGCUUGAUGACAAAGAAAAAAUCAAAGAAAGAUUUGAAAAGAAGCAUGAUAAAGAAAAAAAUGAUAGAUUCUUUUCGGAAUCUAAAGAAAAACCCAGCAAUGAUAAGAAAUGCAAGAGUUCCGAAAAGGACAGUGAAUAUUCAAAAAUGGAAAAGGGUAGAAACAAAGAAAAAGAAAUGGAAAAAAAAGAGAAAUCAAAAGAACGUGAUAGUUCAGUAAUUACAAACAUGAAGCAAACAGCAGAAGAGAAAAAAUGCAGUAGUGAAAAAACUUUAUUCUUAAAAGAGAAGCCAAAGGAUGAAUUGCUGAAAACUCCUGAUGGAAGAGAGAAGGAUAAAAAAGAUAAAGACAUUGACAGAUACAAAGAGCGUGACAAAUAUAAAGAUAAAAUACAGCAAAAUAAUGUACCUAAAUUAAAAUCUGAAACUGAAAAGCUUAAAUCUAAACCAUUACCAGUGUCUAAAGAUACUCGACCUAAAGAAAAGAGGUUAUUAAAUGAUGACUUGAUGCAGACAAGCUUUGAAAGAAUGCUUAGUCUUAAAGAUCUGGAAAUUGAACAAUGGCAUAGAAAACACAAAGAAAAAAUAAAACAGAAAGAAAAAGAAAGAUUAAAGAAUCGAUCCUGUACUGAACUUAAUAAAAUAAAAGAUAAGGAUAAAAUAAAAUAUUCUGAAUCAAAGAACAAAGAACUGAGUCGUUCAAAAAGUUCAGAGUUAUCAGAUGCUUCUGGGAAAGAUAAACAGCUAAAAGAUGCUACCAGCAGUAGAUCACAGUCAGUUGAUAUAAAAAAUUCCAGUGGAAAACCAUCCCUAGCAUUGGACAGUAGCUUAAGUAGGUCUCCUAGAUCAGAAAGUGAAAAAACUGGUCUAACCUCCAGAUCAAUAUCCAUGAUUUCAAUUGCUAGCUCAGAGGAUUCUUAUCAUGCUACAGUAACUCCUCCAAGACCUGUUGUUGAAUAUGAUUCAGAUUUUAUGCUUGAAGGAUCUGAUUCUCAAAUGUCUUUUUCACAUUCACCAUUUUUGCCUAAUGCCAAGUCACCUGCAAACUAUGAGAAUGAUAGUUUGUCAGAAUUGCCAGAGCGCAAUAAAGCACCUACUUUAAACAGACUUCCAGCUUAUAUUAGAUCAGCAUCAGUUGAAGAUGUAAAAUUUGUUAUAAAUGAUUGCAGACCAGUUGUAGAAGUGCGAAGAUGCAGUAUGCCAGCUGUUUAUGAAAAUACAAAACAGUCCCGAGUAUCAGAAGAAAGUAGUCACAGUACUUUGCUCUCAGUUCAAAGUUAUAAUUCUUUUCCUAAACAUGAAUGUUGCAAUUUGCUUGAAAAGGAUUCCCAGAAUGGACUGACCAGCUUGUAUUCCAGUUCCGCUUUAUCCCCGAGUAGAUCUGUUCAUAAACUUAAUGCGUUAGAUGCAAUUGGUAAAAAUGCUCCUUCAAGCUCAUCAGGAGAAAGUCAUAAAUAUUUAGAGCAUAAUAAUUCAACUCCAUCAAGUAAAACAUGGGAUGUGCCUUUGGAUAGAUUUAUUUCAUUAAAUAGUGAGUGUUCCUGUUCAAAUUAUUCAGGCUGUGAGCUUGAUGCAACAAAUGUAUCAACCAUAACUAAUUUUGAAAAUAAAACUAUGAAAGAGCAGAAAAGUUCUGAAUCUUUUUAUCAUCAUGCUGAAAAUGUAUCAAAUCCUACAUCCCAGGAAAUGGCAGAAUUUUUGUCUGUUCAGUCAUGUUGCCCUUCUCAGAUUCAGCCAAGCACAGAUACAAUUUAUAUGUCAAAGCAUGUAGCUUUGUCAGAUACAAACAGCCAAGAGCUUCUGAUUAAGAACCCACAAAGUUCCAUUCAACCUAGCAAUUCGAUCUUAGACAUAGAUGCUGCCAGCAAAAAAAAGAUAGAAAAAAAUGUUUUCUUGUCAAACAACAAAAAAGCAGAUAUGCUUAUCACAGUUUAUCCUGAAAAUAUUACUAAAGAUAUUUCACAAAAUUUUGAAAAGGAUUUUGUUGCAAAUGAUCCUCGUUUACACUCCAGUGCAAGUUCAUCUGCAGUAAGUAAGCUUAUUUAUAAAACGUCACAAGCUGAGGAACUGGAUAAUAGUGUAAUUGAUAUUCAGUUCCAAGGUGAAAAACCUCAUUCCGUUGACAUCUGUUCAUCCCAUAUGGCUGGUAAUAAAAAUGACCUAGAUCUUCAAGAUCUAAAUGGUAGAACAUUGAAAGGAAUUACAAAUGACUACAAUAGAAAUUUUUUUAAUAUGGACAGUGCAGAAAAUAAUUCAAUGGAAGAAAGGCAACAGUACCUACUGCCUCAUUUGGAAAGCCAUUCACAGUUAACUGGACAUGAAGUACAUAAAUAUAGUCCAAGUAUUAAAUUAGAAUUGGAAGAAGCAAUAGAAGAUCCUAAAGCACAACACUAUGAAAUUCCUCAAAGAGUUACAAGGAAUAGAGCAAAUAUUCUUGCUAAUCAAAGUAAGCAAAAUCUUUCUGGUUGCUCCCAGAUCUCAGAAAGAGAUUUUGACUCAUCUGCAUCUUUGAAAGGACGGAUAAGAUUAACUGAGGAAGAUGAUGUUCAGCCACAUCAUCCACGUAAAAGAAAGCUGUCACGUGUUCCUCAGCCUGUUCAAAUAAAUGCAUCUAUAAUGCAAGCUAAAGAAAAAACUCAUCAGUCUCUGGCAGCUGUUGUAGACUCUCUAAAACUAGAAGAGAUUCAGCCAUACAGUUCAGAGAGAGCAAAUCCGUAUUUUGAAUAUUUGCAUAUAAGAAAGAAAAUAGAAGAGAAACGUAAAUUACUAUGUAGCGUUAUUCCUCAAGCACCCCAGUAUUAUGAUGAAUAUGUAACCUUCAAUGGAUCAUACCUCCUAGAUGGCAAUCCCCUGAGCAAGAUAUGCAUUCCAACAAUCACACCACCACCAUCACUAUCUGAUCCACUUAAGGAACUCUUUAGACAGCAAGAAGUUGUAAGGAUGAAACUUCGUUUACAACACAGUAUUGAAAGGGAAAAGCUUAUUGUUUCCAACGAGCAAGAAGUACUACGAGUCCAUUAUCGAGCAGCAAGAACUUUAGCAAAUCAGACUUUGCCUUUCAGUGCAUGUACAGUUCUGCUGGAUGCUGAAGUAUAUAACGUGCCUCUUGAUACACAGACUGAUGACAGUAAAGCAUCAGUUAGAGACAGAUUUAAUGCAAGGCAAUUUAUGUCAUGGUUACAGGAUGUGGAUGACAAAUUUGACAAAUUAAAGACAUGUCUCCUGAUGAGGCAGCAACAUGAAGCAGCAGCUUUAAAUGCUGUUCAGAGACUGGAAUGGCAGCUUAAACUACAAGAACUUGAUCCUGCAACAUACAAAUCAGUCAGCAUUUAUGAAAUCCAGGAAUUCUAUGUUCCUCUUGUGGAUGUUAAUGACGACUUUGAAUUGACACCUAUAUGACAGCUAGCAUUUCUUGUUACAGUUCAAGACUGUGGGAUGUUUAAAUUAUAGCACUAAAAUGGAAUACUGCCUUUAUCAAUAUUCCAUGUAUUCCUUCUGAAAUGUGCUCCAGAUCUCAUUCAGUAUUGCACAUGUAAAUACCAUUUGUUAAUAAAUGGUAUUAUUUUAGCCUUUGGGUUCAAAAAGCAUCUACUCAAUAAAUCUUACCUAUGACAGUCUUUCACUCAAGAUUUAACAGCGCUGGCAGCUGUUAUAAGUCCACCAAAAAGUCUUGCUAUUUAAAGUUGACUUCAAUGCUUUUUAUUAUUAAACUUACAAAAACAGCAAAAACCUGUGGAAGAACUUUUAAGUUUGUGGGAAUGUGCAGAAUGAAUCUAUUCAUCUUACAUAAUUUAUAGGUUAACUGUACAGUUUUCUUUUUGAAACAGAUGUUAUAUUGUUUUCAUUUUUUAAAAUAACUUAUUUUAUACAUAUUGUGCAAAUGUAAAUACUCUUAUAUUUAAUGUUCAGCCCUGUACAAAAAUAGAUAUUUUAAUUGUAAAACUGUUUUGUCUAAUGUUUAUUGGACCAAAAUUGUUGUUGUUUCUUAUAUGUAAUGUACAAACGAUUUUCUUUUAAAAGCAUGGUGUUUGAUUUAGCUGCUUGUUCAUCACCAUUACUGCUAAGAUUUGAUACUGAGUGGUAUUGCAUGCUAGCUCAGUUGAAUUUUUCCCUACUACAGGGUACCUAACCGAUUGAAAUAUUUGUUACCAAUCCAAUAUACGGCUUUGUACAGCAUCCAUUCAUUCAGAGAAAUUUGCAUGAAUCCCUUUUCAUUGUAGUAUGUUGCAGUGCUUAUUGGAUUAUGUCUUAACUCCACAGAGCCAUUUGUCGUUUGCUCUGCUGCUAUAAUGCCAUAUUUGUGACUUAACUUGAAAAGAGUAUUUUGUUUAAAAUCUUUACAAGAUUAGAAAACCAGCUCUUACAUCCUGGUCUCUAAGGGAGUUUUUCAGUGUUCAAUUUAUUUCCUUUUACAUGUCUCUCAAUGAGAAAUCUUAAAUUGUAUAUUGUCUAUUUUAAUAUUCCCUGAUAGAAACAUAUGUAAAUAACUGUAAAUAACUAUGUUUAAUAAAUUCUAUUGGUCAUGCUAACAGAUGUUUGAAUCCUUGUGAUUGUGAAAUUUUCAUUUUUGAAGUUUUAUACAAUUUGACAAAUAAAUCCUUGAAAGUUCCAUGA